AUGGUGACAGUGAAUGCCCUUUUCGACAUAGGGAACAAAUAUGGAAAACAGCCACGUGAGUACAGAUCUAGUGGUAGCAAAUGCCCAGAAGGUCAGUCCUCCUCUGCUGUUAUGCAUAAAGAUCAUGCAUGGGCGUCGCUAUUCCAUCAAAAAAGAGAAAAGAAUAGGCAGAUAGCACAGGUGUAUGCGACUUGA